AUGGCCAUAAGCCCUCGAACAAUCUCCCUUGGAUACUCAUGUACCGUAUAUAGAAACGCACUCCAAUGGUUCUCCAAGCUCAAACCAAACUUCAUCGAAACUGACUUUUUGGAGUCGAAGAAGAGACAAGACUCGAGAUCGUCUCAGACUCGUGAAGCCGUGGAGAAAGCGUCAAAUACCAAUCUUUUGGUGACGAAGAAGAAACGGGACAUCAAAGACAAAGAUGGUAAAGUUACAACCAAAGCCUUGAUCCCUCCUCCCAGAAGGCAUGUCUAUACGACAAAGCAACACCUGACUAAAGAAUCUGGAAACCCUAGAUCUGAGGCCUUGAAGAGGACGACAGAGGAGAUGGUGGAGCUCUUCGAAUCAGCAAAGAAAGCUGCUGAUGUGGCAAACGCUAAAGGUAUUCUCUUGGGGAAAGCAGAGGCGUCACGAUGCGUUGAUGCUCUCUCUCUACUGAUGAAAAUCAAUUUCAUCCCAAACCUAAAGAGCCAAUGCGGAUGA